AUGUCUUCGUUGAUGAGCUCUUUCCUACCCCCGCUUUCCCUAUUCAGACCAUCAUCUUCCUACACGGAGGAGAUAUUGUCGCUAAACGGUGGUACUACCGGCUUCAACCUAGCACAACAAGUGCUUCAAUAUUGGCUUCACCCUUGGGCAGGAAGCGGCUGGCUAUCAAAGAUGAUUUAUCAAUUCAUCAGCAAUUCUAACCGCAAAGAAGGUCCCACCGAACUCCCGCCUCCCACAGUACCUCGCUUGCGUAUGGUCCAUUCUGCCAUUGCUGUGCCAGUUGUGCCAAGUCUGAAAAGUGCAGUGUACCUGCUGGAGGAGCGAAUUGAGGCUGACUUUGUGAAGUAUAUCAAUAACAAUAGCGCCUCACCUUGA